ACGUAAUACCACGCGAAGGUUACUUGAAGACGAAGCAGAAGAAGAGCAUUAACCGCCGGCGUUCGCACUAGAUUUGGAGAUCCCCAUCAGUUGGCAAACAUGGGCACACUGAGUCAACUGGUGACGGUCGUGUGGAAGGAGCUGUGCCUGCGCGCCAUGCUACGCCAGGGCUGGCUCUCGCUCUCCGAGUGCCUGCUCGCGCCGCUGCUCUGUUUGGUGCUCCUGCUGACCACGGGACCGCCGUUCGUGAACAAGCUCCGUGACGUGCCGAUUAGCGGGGUCGACCUGCUCGACUGGCCGUGCGCCGUGGUCGAGAAGCAGCUGGUCUUCCGGCGCGUGGCGUACGCUCCGCACGCGCCCUACUCGAUGCGCCUCAUGGAGGCCACGUUCCGCGAGUUCAGCCCGGUGGAGGGACUCGUGGGCUUCCAGGAUCCCCAGGCGGUGACCGAAUUCGCACGCACCAAGGCCAACGACUCGAACGCCUUUGACCUGGUCAUCGUUUUCGACAACCUGCGCAGAACCGACGACAAGCCGCCGGAGGAUCUUCGCUACACCCUGCGCUACAACACGAGCCGGCUGUACCUGCUGGAUGACCGCGACGACCGGCGCGGCUACUACCCGCUGCGGCGCGACUACGUGGUGCCGCUCGUGUGCCUGCUGGGGGACAGCCACCUGCGGCUCACGGCGCAGGCCCUGGGCAGGCCGGAACCGCGCUACCGUUGGCGAACGCGCUCCUUCAGCGACAACAAAAUCCCGAGGACGGUGGUGCACCGGGACUACAGCGCCCUCGCGUUCCAGCUGGGCGUCGUGUGGCUGCUGCUCAACUACGCGGCCGACACGGUCGGCGACAAGCGCACUCGGCACCGCGAGUUCCGCCGCAUCAUGGGCCAGACUACGUUCGUCUACUGGUUCGAGGUGCUGCUGCGUGGCCUCGGACCCAUGCUGGCCUCGUGUUGCGGGCUGCUGUUCGUGGUGACCAGCGUGCCUGACCGUUUCGGCUUUUCCUACCUGCAGUACACGGACCCGACUGUAUUGCUCACGCUGCUCUACACGUACGCGCUGCACGUGCUCACAUUUGUGACGCUCGUCACCACCUUCUUCACGUCGGAGACGCUGGUCGUGCUGGCAACCUGCUUCGCGGUGCUCAUCUCCUUCCUGCCGUACCUGCUCUUCGUCGAGAUGACGUUUCCUUUCCGCCUCAUCUGCUGCAUGCUGCCGAACACGGCGCUUCAACUCGCCAUGGACAUCAUCCUCACCUUCGAACGAGACAUGACGGGCAUGCAGUGGGACCAGCUGAACAUGAUGCUGUCCGCGGAGGUGCCCAGCCUGGCGUCGGUACUGCUGGUCAUGCUGCUGGGGGUGUCGUUUAACGUGGUGCUGGCCCUGAUAAUGGACGACGUGCUACCGCUUUCGACCAACACCGAUGGCCCCCGACUAUUUCACAUCUGCGCGUCAUCUAAACUCCGGACACCGUGGCAAGUUCCCGAUCCCGAGCACGAGCUGUUCGAGCGAAGCGAGCACCGACUCUAUGAGCCACCAGGAAUAUACGUGGACAACGUGACAAAGGUCUUCGGGCACCGCGUCGUAUUGAAAAACGUCCGGCUGCGCGUCUACGAGGGCGAAGCCUUGGCGCUGCUGGGCCCCAACGGCAGCGGCAAGUCGACUCUGGCCAACAUCGUCGUCGGCUAUGAGGCGCCAUCCGGAGGUGACGUCUUCGUGUGCCAGCACAGCGUCCGCCAAUCACCUCGCGCGGCUAGGCGCCACGUUGGCUUUCUACCACAGACCUGCAUGCUCUUUCCCUACAUGACUGUCAGCGAGAACCUGCACUACUUCUCCCAGAUGACCGACCAAAACGUGUCUUCGACGCUGGUGUUUGAACUUCUUAGAACGUUCUUCCUGCACCCACGCCGGCACGACCUGGUCAGCGAACUCUCGCAAGGCCUCCGGAAAUGCGCCGGACUUUGCGUUGCACUUAUGGCAGCACCAAAGGUGCUUGUGCUUGACGACCUCACGAGCGGCGUGGACGUGAUGCUGCGACGCCGCAUGCUAAAGCUCAUCAAGACUGUCAAGGACCAGUGCGCCAUACUGAUAACCAGCCAGAGACCAGACGAACUGGACUUUGUCGUCGACAAGGUGGCCAUCCUGGCCCGAGGCGUCGUGCAGUGCGUCGGGUCGCCAGCGUUCCUCAGAGACGCAUACGCUGUCCCCUACCGCUGUCGCCUGAUCCGCGACACAACCGACUGCCGCUCUGCUUUCGUGGAAGCGGAGCUUCGAGAGUGCCUGCCGCACGCGAAGCUCAUAUCCAAGGCCGCCAACGAGCUCCUCUUCUCGCUGGGCACGAGGAAGUUGCUCAACUUCGGACACACCUUCCGCUCACUGAACGCUUCGGCGCCAUCUCUGUACAUCCGUGACGUCGGCUUUCCCUACGUGAGCUUGGAGGACGUACUGAUUCGCGUGAGCUACAUGUCUGGCGAGGCAAUGGUGCCGCCCACUGGAGGCCUCAACGUGGCUCCCGGCGCCAAGGUGCACGUGGCCCGCAGCGGCAGCGUGCUCUGGCGUGGGCUGCUGGCGCUGCUGCGGUACCGGCUCCUGCACCUCGGAAGGCACGUGGUGUUCUACACGCUGCUGCUGCUCAUGGGCUCCCUGCUCUUCCUCGUGUUCUGCGACAGGGUGGCCAGCGUGAGGACGCCCUUCCCACGAGCGCUGCCUCGAAUCCCGCUGGACCCUGAGGCGUUGCGGCAUGGGUACGUGCGCAGCGUGACGGAGACGGCAGACCUUGCACAGGCGGUCAUCAACCUUGGCUCACGACGUGGCGUCAAGCUUGUGAAGGCAGCGAGCACGGUUGGAGACGCCCUCGGCGCUGGAAACUUUACAGCUCCCUUUGCCUUCGACCUGGGAACUCAGGCACUGGUCUCCUGGUACAACGUGCGCUCCCGAAGAUCCGAGGCCAUGUCACUACUGCUGCUACAAAAUGCCGCUCUGCAGUUCGUUAGCGGCAACACUAUGCAGCGCGUCGAGGCCGCGAUCGAGUUCCUGCCUGGUGGAGCCUCCGUGAGCCCCGUCAACGUGUUCACGUGGCUCUCGGACGUCGAGCUGAAGCUGAGCGGUGCCACGUUCGUUCCCAUCUCGCUGGGUCUUUUCAGCGCCGCCGCCGCGCUGUUUCCGGCCGUGGACCAGGCCGAUGGCGGUCGGCUGUUGCAGCGGCUUUCUGGGUUGCCGGGCGCUCUCUACUGGCUGUCCAACAUGUUCUGGGACUACGUGGUGCUGUACAUGCUGUACAUGCUCCUACUGUCCCCCAUGGUGGUCAUAUGGGGAUUUGGCGACAGCAUCGAGUUCUGGGGUUCCGUGGUACUGCUGUUUGCGGCGUACGGGUGGGCAGCCAUACCGCUUGCCUACGUCCUGUCACAGUUGGCGGGUCCCAGACCUUCCAGAGCCUUCUCCCUGGCAGUCGUCGUGAAGUGCGUCUUCGGUGUCCUGGCUGUGUUGUACGUGAUCCGGCUGCACCUGUCGUUCUACGUGGGGGAAGAGGAAUCACCGAGUCGGGAGCUUCUCGAGCUGAUUAGCAUGAUCACUCGUAUGGUACCCACUGUGUCCAUAUCGUGGGGACUAGGCCGAGCCAUGUGGCUGACGUCACUCAACGAACUCUGUCACAUGGACAAUGACGCGGACUUUAUGCAGGCCUGUCGGAUCCUGAACGCCACCGAGUCAUCGAUGCAUCUAGUGCGGCGUUACUGGUUCCUGGUGCGCUGCUGCAACGUUCGGCUGGCAUGCAUGCACAACGUCCAGAAGUGCGUGCUGCCUCAAGCCCACCUGCUCACGUGGAACCCGCACUCGGUGUGGCCCGAGGUGGCCAGCCUAUUGCUCGCGGGACUGCUCUGCCUGGCCGUGCUGUGCUUUGCCGAGACCAACGUGUGGUGGAUACUUCGCCGCAUGUGCGGGUACCAGCCGCACCUGUACGUGACGCGAGCGCCGAAGUGCCUGCUCAACGAAGGCCAAAAGGAGCGCCUAGUUCGCCACUUCAGGGACAAGACUCUGCCCUGCAUUGACACGCUGGUGGUGAGCCACGUCCGCCAGGAGACCGGCCCGUACGCGCCGCUUCAUGACAUCAGUCUGUGCAUGCACCGGCGUGAGUGCCUCGCCCUGUUAGGACCCACGGGCUCAGGUCGGUCGCUGCUGUUGCGUAUCCUCACUGCACAAGUUCCGGUGUCAGAUGGCAACGCUCACCUUCUCGGCGCCGACCUCUUCGCUCAUUCGAGCGAGUUCGUCCGGGCGCUGGGCUACGCCUCCGAAGAGCGCGACGCCGUGGGUUGGCUGACGGGCCGCCAGCUGCUGCGUCACAUGGCCCGCAUGCGUCGCGUACCCCCGAAGGCUGUUGCGGUGGUGGUCGAACAGCUGCUACGUAUGCUGGACCUUGUCGAGCAGUCCGAGCACCACGUGUCCGUAUACAGCAGUGGGGAACGUGCCAAGCUGGCUGUCGCGUUAGCCUUAGUGGGUGCGCCACCGGUCGUGCUACUAGACAAGCCGACUGACGGACUCGACCCCGUGGCCAGGCGCCGUGUCUGGCACACUAUCAUCACCUUCGUCAAGAAGACGCACAUGUCUGUGUUACUGGCCACCGAGGACAUUGAGGAGGCCGAGUCCGUGGGUUCUCGAGUAUUGUUCCUGCACCGGGGACGUGCGCGGCCUAUGCUUCACGAGCAAGACCUGUACCCAGAUGCAGAGCGAGGAUACGAAAUCACCAUGUCCCUUAAUGGCUUGAGUGGGCUGACUGUUGCCGCUGCGCAGCAAGAGGUCAACGACACCGUGCAGAGCCUGUUCCCGGGCCGCAACAUCGCUGUCACCACACUGAAGUCGUACGUGCGAUUCCGCGUCAUGGACGACUCGGUCGACUGGGAGCUGCUGGUCGACGCCCUCGAGGGCCUGCGGCGCUCACUAGGCCUGUCCGACUGCCGGGUGCUGGCCACCACUGUGCUGCAGUGCGCCUUCUACCGCCGCCUGGUGGAGGCACCGUCGACUCCUUUGCCCUCGCUUGUCAUGUCGCCCGCCUCGCCCGUGCCCGGCCUCGCCGCUGCUGGCGGCGCUGGGGAGCUGUACGCUGGCCCGCGGCCGCGGUCGGCAUACCCCAGUCGCUACGCGUACCCGACGGACAAGAAAUAAAACUUUGGCUGCC